AUGGCGUCAACUGGAAACAACAACUCGGGACACAUCCACAGAUUCCAAAACACACGAAACACGAAACACGGCUACACACGACACGCGCACACGCAAGCAAAAAUGGAUGGAUCAACUAUAGCGUUCAUACUAAUCAUGUUGUGCUUGUUCAUUUACACCAUAAAGCGCAGAAGCGCUAAGCAAGCACCAACACGAACCGUACAGGAUGCUAAAACAGCGACAGUCACGGCCGCCACCUAUGAACCCUCUCCGGAACCAGUACCAGUUCAAGAAGAGCGCGUCGCCCAGCCAAAGACAAAUCGUGUUAACCGGAAAAGACCCGUUAAUAACGAUAUGGUUGAAAUCGUCAUGACGAUGGCGCCGCACGUGCCUCAGGGGAAAGUCGUGCAAGAUCUCAGGAACACAGGGUCCAUUGAGCGCACCAUGGAAAACAUCUUCGCUGGAAAACUGGAUUAG